ACUUGACGUACUUCCGGUUCCGGGCAUGGUUCGAUGGACGCGAUCAUGUCUUGUGUUGUCUUUAGCUUCCCAAAAUAAUUUUUUCUCCGUUCGUAUUAUUAUUUAGCGAAAUAAUACAUCGCCGUUCUGCAUAUUAUCAUUUCAAUUUUCGUCAUAUCAUUGAAAAACUCUGGACUGGGUGUGCAUGCUUUUACGCGACUUCUGGUAUAUUAACCUUGUCCUGCAUGAGGGUCAGUUGACACUGAGUGGAUGCAACAAGCCACUAAAAUGUCUGCGUUCGGUUUAAACUCGUCAUCCGUCAAGGUCCUAACGGGAUUUUCACGUUGUCUUUGGUUUGGGCGCAGCAAAUUUACCAAAGCAAGAAUUGCACCAGAGCUCUAUGAAGAGCGGUCGAGAGAACACGAAAAAUACGGUGGCGACCCCGAGCAGCCUCACAAACUCCACAUCGUGACGCGAGUCAAAAGCGUGAUGAGACGGCCGUACUGGGAGAAAGUCAUGGUGAAGCACCUGGGCCUCCAAAAGGGAAAUGUGCCUGUGAUCCACAAGAACAUACCUGCGGUGAACUGCAGACUCAAGUUCAUCAAGCAUCUUGUCAGGAUCGAGCCACUGAGGACACCGUACGGGCUCCCUUCCGAGCAGGACAUGGCUGACAGCUACAUCAACAGCAAAGGAGAGCUGAUUGUUCGACGCCUGCUCAACCCCACCAAGGCCAUUGAGUCCUAGAGCCUUCAUGUAUACAGUAUUGCCAGUGUACCCAGUACUAUGUUUUCUCAUCUGCACCAUCCAACUGAUGGAUCCGUAGAACACAACACCCCUUUUUGUAUUUCUUGUAUAGCAGCUGUCAGUCAAAUUGCACCACGCUGGUGACCCAGUUUGACGGGCAAAUUCUUUUCGAACUCAUCACUGCAAAUCUUAUAUUAAAAAAGUAAUUGUGAAAGCACAA